CUUGAUAGUCUAUUCGAGGAUGUUGAUGAAGCAGGACUGGAUAAUCUUGACGGGGACGAUGAGCCUACACCGCAAAGCAACGACGUCGACGUGGAGGCAGGUGAGCCCGAGACCUCUCGAGGUCCGGACAAAGGUAAGAAAAAAUAUAAAUCAGAAUUAUUUGUUUAUCAUUUUGACAAAGACACAAAAGAUGGCAUAGUUUAUGGAACUUGUAAACAUUGCGGGACCGUCAUAAAAAUGGGAGUUUCCGGCGGGAUGAACUUCGUAUAAUCAUUAAUCCUUUUGAAUUUGUUAUUGUUGAAAAAUUGAAUGCCGUAUUAGAAGUUUUUAAUAACGCAACUCUUACUUUUUCCCAUGUUUACCAACCAACUACAAAUACAUUUUUUAAAGAGUGCAUUACAAUCGCAACAUGUUUUCGUGAAAGUAUGGCUGAUCCAGAUUUGUACUCUUAUGUCUCUCCUAUGAGAGAUAAAUGGUGUACUUAUUAUUUGUACAUUCCUGAUAUUUAUAAAAUAGGGUUAUACGGUACUGUACAAGAAGAAACAGCACCACCUCCGCCCCCGAAAUCAAAAAAAGGUUUUGCCGGCAUAGUCGGUGGCCUUCUUGCAAAGAAAGGGAAACGUGCCCAGUCUUCGACGAGUUCAAGUGGUACAACAGUAAGCUCGCACAACGAACUUGCUAUGUACCAGGGCGUGCCAUGCGAUUACGAUGACGACGAUGUCGAUUUUGACGUGCUCGGAUGGUGGAAGCGGAACGAACACAUGUUCCCAUGUCUCGGCAUGCUAGCAAGACAAGUGUUGUCCGUCCCAGUAUCAACCGUAGCAGUUGAACGAGAAUUCAGUGCCGGCGGCAACAUUCUAACCGACUACCGAAGUUGUCUUAACGCUGAAUCUCUUGAAACACUGGUUUGCAACCAAGAUUGGCUCUUGGCAAGACGUCGGGCUCAAGAGUCAUCGUACCAACUCGAAUCGGAGCAUUACAUGAAUGCAACCACAGAUGGAAGUCCGAGUUCUGAAGAAUAAGUUAUAAUUUUUUUUUAUGUUAAUGUAAAUAUGUAAUUAAUUUUUUUAGGUGAGCGAUAUAUAAGCUCCUUCGAGGGUUUCUUUACGGUUCUUUACCUCGUCGCUUUUUUUGAACCGUCAGGAUAUUAAAUGUGGUUGUUCUUC